AUGUCUCAACUGCGCGAUUACCUCAUGAUGCUGCCUGACUUGCGUGAUCUUACUCCCGAGUGUGAUAUCUCUAACGCCGACGUGGGAGUGCCCGGACGGACCACUCCGACUGAAGAAGAACAGCUGAGAAAGAUCCUCGAACGGCACUCCAAAAAUUUUCUAGGCGAUGGGAAUGCGGCCCCUGCUCCAGCACGAGGAGUAGUGUGCGAAAGAGAUGUCAGGGGCGCCAAACCUAUAGCGCUCCGACCAAGGUCGAUUAUCCCCAAGGUCGCGAUGAAGGUGUACGAGCUGCUGAAGAAGCACCUGGAGACUGGACUUAUCGAAAUGUCCGACUCCGCCUGGCCCUCUCCAGUCGUGAUCGUCCUGAAGAAAAAUGGGAUUGACAUUCGGGUGUGUAUCGAUUAUCGUCUGGUGAACAGCUUCAUCGAGUUGUCGAAUUAUCCGUUGCCCCUGAUUGAUGAUCUCCUGGUCCGAUUGGAACGGGCUAUGUGGUUCAUCUCACUCGACAUGGCGAGCGGCUUUUGGGCCAUACGCAUGAAUGAGCGAGCCAAGCGCAUAUCAGAGUUCGUGUGUCCAUUCGGACAUUUCCAAUGGAUCCGAAUCCAUUCGGGCUCAACAACGCCCCGCUGA